UCACCAUCAUCAUCAGUAUAAUCCCCAUCAUCACAAUCAUCAUCAGAAUCCUUAUGGAAUGAUGCAAUCAUCUUCAUCGUCAUCUUCCAUCCAUGGAAACUUCAUAAACAAAGACACUGGUUCAUAUGAUUUGAGCGAAUUGGAUCAAGCUCUAUUCCUCUAUCUUGAUGGACAAAACCAAUCAACUGUUCAAGACCAAAGGCAGAAUUCAGGAAUGAGGCCUCCGACUUUGAACAUUUUCCCAUCUCAACCUAUGCACGUAGAGCCAUCGUCAACGAAGAGAGAAGGAAACCGUAAAGGUCCAACUUCUGGUUCAGAGCACGAAGGACCCAAAACACCAGAUGCUAAGACAUUGAGAAGACUUGCUCAAAAUAGAGAGGCAGCAAGGAAAAGUAGAUUAAGAAAAAAGGCUUACGUUCAGCAACUAGAGUCGAGCCGGAUUAAACUCACCCAACUCGAACAAGAGCUGCAAAGAGCUAGAGCUCAAGGCAUUUUUUUUGGAGGAGCUGGUCUUCUCGGCGGUGAGCAAGGUCUUCCUGUUGGUGUCAACAAUAUAAGCUCCGAUGCGGCCAUGUUUGACAUGGAGUACGCGAGGUGGCUAGAGGAGCACCACCGGCUGAUGUCGGAGCUCCGGGCGGCGGUACAGGAGCAUAUACCGGAAAACGAGCUGCGGCUAUUCGUGGACAACUGCUUGGCACACUACGACCAAGUAAUAAACCUGAAAGCCAUGCUUGCCAAAACUGACGUCUUUCACCUUGUCUCCGGCAUGUGGAAGACUCCCGCCGAACGCUGCUUCAUGUGGUUGGGUGGCUUCCGCCCUUCCGAGCUCAUCAAGAUAAUACCGAAUCAAGUGGAGCCAUUAACGGAGCAGCAAAUCUUGGGGAUAUGCGGGUUGCAACAGUCGACACAGGAGGCAGAAGAGGCUCUGUCACAAGGGCUUGAAGCUCUUAAUCAAUCAUUAUCAGACACCAUAACCUCUGAUUCUCUGAGCUGCCCAACCAACAUGACCAAUUACAUGGGCCAAAUGGCUCUUGCCAUCAACAAGCUCUCCACUCUCGAAGGUUUUGUCAGACAGGCUGAUAAUCUGAGGCACCAAACGCUUCACCGGCUGCAGCAAAUUCUGACAACCCGUCAAGCGGCAAGAUGUCUACUGGCGAUCGCCGAGUACUUCCACCGUCUCCGGACGCUAAGCUCGCUCUGGUUGGCUCGACCUCGGCAGGAAUGA